CGGCAGAACACCGGUGUUCUGUCGAGAAAUGCUACUUUGUGGUUCUGCGCAUGCGCAUAGUCGAUUGUUGAGUAUUUUGAUCCUUCAAAAUAGACUACCCAUGACAUGAAUUGCAUUACACUUUGUGAACAUUAUACGAUAAAAGAGAAAAAACAGUAAAAUUGUAGCUCUGGAAAGGUAGAAAACCAUUAGGUAACAUUUUUUUGGCAAAGCAGUAGAAGUUGUCAGAACACCGGAUGUGACGACACUGGCGGGGACGUCGCGGGCAGCGUUGAGCACACGUGUUUCGGGGAGCCGCAGGACGAACAUGAGCAGCGGGUUUGUGCUAACAGAAAGGCCCGAAAAGGACACUAAAUACCACCUACACCGCCUCCGCUCAGCUUGUAAACACUAAAAACCACCAGGACAAACAGAGAUCACCACUGCAGCCUGAAGACUUGCCAGACAGGAAGACGGUCGGGCCGUUAUCUCAGCCACAAACAGGAAAGUUCCCGCGUCGCUGCGUGUUUUUGCGGCUUUGGUUUUUUAGUUUGUUUUUGCGGUCUCUCAAGACCUUAACGAGCUGUUAAGGUGAUUCCCUGAGAAAGUGGACUGCUGUAGCGGCAUGGCGGACUACCUGAUCUGCGGGCAGAACGGCUACGUCCCGGAGGACGGGCUGUCGGGGCAGCAGCUGUUCAACUGCGGGGACGGACUCACGUACAAUGACUUCCUGAUCCUGCCAGGCUACAUUGACUUUAGUGCUGACCAAGUGGACCUGACAUCAGCACUCACUAAACAGAUCACCAUGAAGACCCCCCUGGUGUCUUCUCCCAUGGACACGGUAUCAGAGGCCAACAUGGCCAUCGCCAUGGCAUUAACAGGAGGCAUUGGCUUCAUUCACCACAACUGCACCCCGGAGUUCCAGGCUAACGAAGUUCGCAAAGUCAAGCGAUACGAGCAAGGCUUCAUUACAGACCCUGUGGUGAUGAGCCCCAAUGAGCGAGUGCGGGACGUCUUCCAGGCCAAAGCGCGCCACGGCUUCUGCGGCAUCCCCAUCACGGACAACGGCAAAAUGGGCGGCAAGCUUGUGGGCAUCAUUUCUUCCAGAGACAUUGAUUUCCUGAAGGAGGAAGACAACCUCCUCCCACUUAGCCAGGUGAUGACAAAGCUAGAGGAUCUGGUUGUUGCUCCUGCUGGAGUCACGCUGAAAGAAGCAAACGAAAUCCUACAGAGGAGUAAGAAAGGUAAGCUGCCCAUAGUGAAUGAGGAGGGCUCUCUGGUGUCCAUCAUCGCCCGCACAGACCUGAAGAAGAACAGAGACUUUCCUCUGGCCUCCAAAGACUCUCGGAAACAGCUGCUGUGCGGCGCCGCCAUCGGGACCCACAGCGACGACAAGUACAGGCUGGACCUGCUGGUGCAGAGCGGAGUGGACGUGGUUGUAUUGGACUCUUCUCAAGGCAACUCGAUCUACCAGAUCAACAUGAUCAAAUACAUCAAGGACAAGUUCCCCCACCUGGAGGUGAUCGGCGGCAACGUGGUGACGGCAGCUCAGGCGAAGAACCUGAUCGACGCCGGCGUGGACGGACUGAGGGUGGGGAUGGGCAGCGGCUCCAUCUGCAUCACACAGGAAGUGCUGGCGUGUGGCAGACCCCAGGCUACAGCCGUCUAUAAGGUGUCGGAGUACGCCCGGCGCUUCGGUGUCCCGGUCAUCGCCGACGGCGGCAUCCAGACGGUCGGACACAUCGCCAAGGCCCUCGCGCUGGGAGCAUCAACAGUCAUGAUGGGCUCCCUGCUGGCCGCCACUAGCGAAGCUCCUGGGGAAUAUUUCUUCUCCGACGGCAUCAGGCUGAAGAAAUACCGCGGCAUGGGCUCCCUGGACGCCAUGGACAAAAACCUGGGCUCUCAGACCCGAUACUUCAGCGAGUGUGACAAGAUUAAAGUGGCCCAGGGCGUCUCUGGAGCGAUCCAGGAUAAAGGAUCCAUUCACAAGUUUGUCCCGUACCUGUUGGCAGGCAUUCAACACUCGUGUCAAGACAUCGGAGCCAAAAGCCUCACCCAGCUCAGAGCCAUGAUGUACUCUGGAGACCUGAAGUUUGAAAAGAGAACGUCGUCGGCUCAGAUAGAGGGAGGAGUCCACAGUCUGCACAGUUAUGAGAAACGUCUCUUUUGAGAAGAAGCGCAUCUUCAGAUGGAAACCUUCCUUCCAACAGAUAUUAUGCAAAAACAAACUACUUGGGAGACCCAUUCUACAGUAACUUAUAAUAAGACUAAAUAUGAACCACUCACCCCUCUUCCAAACAUCCAUCAGUCUUCCAGCCAGUGUCAUCUAUGCAUCAUCUGAAGGGAAAAUAAGCAUUUAUCAGUGCAAAUGUGAUGGCGUUGAAUCCGAAAUCCAGUGUCUUUCAUGUUUUGUUACUAUGUCACUAGUGCCGUACUGUCCAUUUUUAAGCAAAAAGUGUCAAACAAUAAAGCUUCUGUGUUUUUCCACAA